AUGUUGGGUGUUGGUCGUCCUACUCAAUCUAUUCAGAUUAAUAGUAUUAUUGACCUUGUUAAAAACAAAGAUGUCAUUGAGUCUGUUGAAGUAGAAGAUAUUUAUAGUUCGCAAACACCUACACCAGCGUUAGGUGAUGACGUCAUUGCAAGCAUUAAACCAGAUGCUGUUAAGACAUACUAUACUACUUACACGUUCUUUACGACAAUAUUUGUGGGUAGUGACGCAAACGUCUGCAGUAGAAGCGAAGUUUAUACCAACUAUGUCGGCCCUGAUGCUUUAAUACCUACGAAGAGUAAUCCAUUAGCAGUCGAAAGCACAAGAGCCCAGUUCGAUUUCAGAAAUUGUAAACAAAUCAAAAUGGAGCCAACAACAGAUACAGAACAUACAUCCAUGGAAACUAGCGUAAGUGUUGAGGACCCCCCUAAAGACGAUCUGUCAUUCAAGAAAGAAGUUCAACCUAGUCCUAUCGAAGUUGACAUGUUGUUCAGUGUUGAAUCAAACCCAUUGGAAUCUGAGAAUUCAUAUAUAAAUGUUAAAUCAUCAUCAUCAAAAGGUGAGAGGCAAUAUUUAGACAAUAAUAAUGUUUUAGAUGACCAAAUAAGCUCAGAAAGCAAUAUAGAUGAAAUCCUACCAUCCCCAACCCUUCUUCUACAAACAAGUUACACAACAUUUACCUAUUUUACUACUAUGUACAUUGGUAAAGAUUCGAGCAAAGUUAAGAGUCAUUUGGAAACUAUAACAAAUGUUGUGACAGAAACUAUUAUGCCAAAUAAGGAACCUGAAGACGAAAGCAAUUUACCAAUCACUUAUUACACUACCUUUACUUAUUGGACGACACUUUACAAGGAUAAAUCUACUACAAUCACUAGUCGGGAGGAGAUUGUUUCCAACGUUGUUACACCGUCAGUGCUGGCCGUUCCCACCGUAAGUCCAAUUGAUACUACACCUAUAGAGGUCGAUAGUGUUUUACCUCCAAAGGAAUUGGAAGUGGAAUUAAAACCGUCUCUGAUUGUUGAUGAUAGUUCAGAACCAGAUGACGGUAAAGCGACAUUCUAUACAACCUAUACAUACUUUACUACAUUCUAUGCCGGAAAUACGUCUCAGAUCAGAAGUAGCUUAGAAACAGUGACAAAUAUUGUCGAUAAUACUAAAGUUGUUGAGGAUAAUCAAAUAGCGCGCAAAGUGCCUUCAGGAUCUCCAGAGAAAAAUCUUAUUCAGGAUAAUGGAGACAAAUUGUAUAUUACUCCAACAGUAGUGAAGGAAGAAAUUCAGCAGACCAAGCUUCCUGAUAUCAGUUCUGCCUCACCCACUGUUCUGUUAGGCACUUAUAUAGAUAACUUGUAUGCUGAAGUUAAGCCAGCGACUCCGAUGCCAGACGAAGAAAAGAAAAUUCUGUUCUCUCAAGUAGCUGUGAUUUCGGGUGAUUCUACGGUAGUAACAAGUGACAAUAAGACUUUGCCCACUGAUUCGAGUACGUCUAAUCCUACCACGACCACGUCUUCUACUGAAAAUGCCAUUAUAAGCUCUUCACCAGAAAUAAUAGAAGGUACAGUAACAGAACCUGAAACUACAACGGAAGUGAGGUACGAGGAAGAAGAAGAUGGUACAAAUACUAGAAAGAAAUCACGUCUUACAUUCAAACCUAAAAAGCCAUCUGUUACACCCGUUAUAACUCCAUUCUCAUCUAGAAAUAGGCCUACAUUUAUUCCGAAACGAGUACCAUUAUCAAACAGUGCUACAACUAUAACAAGAUUAGAUGUUACUCCUACAAUUACUGCAACACCAACAUUGAAAUCCGUCAGACAAUCAGGAUUCGGUGGUAGUAGAAAACAAUCUGUCUCGCCAGGAUCAUCUAGUGCGGGUAAACGAUUCUCUGGACGUAGUGGGGUAAGCAGUCUGUCCGGAAAUGUUCCAUCUGCUUCAAGGCCUGGUGCCUUUGGACGAGGUUCCAUACAACCCACAUCACGAAGAGGUGGCUUCAGAUCUAGUACGCUCAGAAGUAAUAGUUUAGAUUAUGUCAGCAGAUCUGGUGGUGGAAGGGUAAUAAGGCCUACAGCGACACUCAGGCUGCCUAAUAGCAGAGGUGGUCGGCAAUCAGCUUCUAUCACUUUCCCACCUGAUCAAAAUGAUGAAACCUUGGCGACGCAGCUAGAUGAGAAUGUCACUGAAUCUUAUGAAGAAAUUACUGAAGCUCCUGUAAGAACGACAAACAAUCCUCUAUUGAGGUUUAGAAGACCUCCUGUCCCAAGGCAACCGGGAACAGCAAUUACGCCACGAUCAACUACACAAGCAGCCAGACGAGGAGGUUUAGCAUCAAGAGGGCGCUUAACAACUACUACCAGGAGGUCAACAACUCGAAGCACACCCAACCCGCUACUGGCAUUGAGAAGACAGAGACCAAAUUCUCUGUUCCCCAGAAGGAACCUAUUUAAGCAACCUGAGCCCGAACCUGAAGAAGAAUUCAAGGAAGAAGAGCAAAAGUUAGAAGACGAUGAGGAACUUUUAGAAGAAGAGGAAUUCGAAGAAGACAAUGAUUAUGAUUCGUCAGACAGGAAAGAAAGACAUGUUGCCACACCGCCUCCUACAACAUCUAGAAGGACAAAUAUAGUGUCAAUAAGGCCUUUUGCUUUCAAACGCAGAUCAAAGCGUCAAGCAGAUUUUGGUAACCGUAAAUAUAAUAACUUUAGACGACCUGGUAAAGCUGGAAAAGCAGGCACUACUCGUCGACCUGAUCCCGAACCGGAGUCCGAAGCACCGCCAGCGACUCAAAAACCUAGGUCCGGAGGUCGUUUUAAUGGAAAAUCGAGAGCCAAUAGCAAUACUCGAACAACAACUGCAUCAGCACCUAAGACUCAGUCGAGACAGCCAUUCAUAAUUCGUGGCGAAAGUAGAACGACAUCUACCACAUCUGCCCCAGCGUACAGAAGAGGCAAAACUAGAACAUCAAGUAGAACUACAACAACUGCUUCUAGGCCUAAAGCUCCAAGACUCCAAGGAAAAUCAUCGUCAACUAGAUCCAGCCCUACUAGAGCAACUACUAGAUCACGAACACGUACCACUACAAGUAAGGCGUCAAGCAGACAGAGAAGUUCGUUCGAGAAUUUCAGCGGAGAGCGUAAAAACAACUAUGCUAACAUUUUGAACGACGGAAAAAUUACUAUCACUCACCAGAUACCUACAGAGGUGACAAUCCCUGUCGUAAAUGGUAAGAUAACUGAGUACAAAAACGUAAUAUCAGCAACACAAAGCAUAGAGACGUUGUUAUUGAAUCAGGUUUCAACGUCACUCGGAUCACUAGGUCAACCGCAAUUGGUACUUGCUGCUGAAUCUACUGAAAUAGAUCCCGGUUCGGGAGCCACUAAGGUUAUCAAGUACCUACUUAAUGAAACUCCUACCACAACAGUCAUUUUCACUCCCACCACCAUUAGAGGACGUAAGACCUCUUACUCUCACGUAUUACCUAGCACAGUUUACAACGUAGAGCCAGUAACCCAAACAAUUGCUCCCGAAAUCAAUUCAAACGUACCUUUGGCGAAUUUGUUACUCUCCCAGCUGUUACUUGGUAACCAACAGCCUGCGAUAAACCCUCUCCUAGCCUUCCAAGGACAAGGUCUAUUACCGCAGCAACAAAUUGUACAAACACCAGUAACUGAAUACAAAACGAGAGCUACAACUUACGUCACAACGGUGACUGAUGCUCGGGAGACUGUUCUGCCAAUUACUUUUAGAGGCAAAGCUAUUUUGACUACUAUUGUAGAUCCAACCACAAACGUGAUCACGGCCACUGAGUUUGUAACUGAAACGGUCAUCACAACGCCAACGGCUUAUGGCCCUGGUCCGCAACUUAACUCGUUACUUCUCCCUCUCCUUUUGCAGCAACAGCAACAACAACCAAUGCUAAAUCUGCAAACAGCCAAUCCUCUCUUAGGUUUAGGUCAGCCGGACUUGAACCUUAAUAAUUUGAACAAUCUGAAUCAAGUACAAAACAAUUUGAAUAACGAUAUAUUCAGUAAUAGUCCUAAGCCUAAUGUUCUCUCAGAUUUCAACAGUAAUGAGGACUUUUCCGAUGACCAUAUAGAUGAUAAUGAGGAUGAUUCCCUUCCGCCCCCACCUACAAGUCGGAGGAGUAAACAGCGUGGUUAUAAAGCCGCUGCUCCACCUCCCGCCCCUCCUAAGCUAACUAGCGUAGUAACAUUGUACGUAUCAGGCAAACAUCCUGGUGAAUUCAGUACAGUUUUAUCUACAGUGAUAUCAGAUGACACACAGACAGUUAGGAAACGUGAAGCUAUUUACUACGAGGACGUUAAAGUGUCUCCGACGAUACUGCCUUCGGUCGACGAGUUAUACAGCUCGCAGAUCGAUAACAGUCUGAGUGCGAUCGCAUUAAAUUCAGAAAGGUACUUAGAUAACUCCUCAGUGGAGAAUCAGUUAGAAACACAAAGCCUGGAAAGCGUUGUGGGGGAACUGAGCAGGCAUAUAAGGUAUGACUCAUCACCAACGUACGUCGUCGAUUUAGGAAGCCCUUCAGCGAUCAGGCAUAUAAAACAGAGUUCAGUUGACGACAUUUCUUGAAACGACGAUAAUGGUUAGAUGUGUAUAAUAAAGGGUUAGUUAUUUAUUUACAUUGUAUCAUAGUAAGUUAACUAUGAGUAGUGCCUUAUAGUUUUAAUGAAUUAGUUUGUAAGAAAGAAAUACUCUUUUGUACUUUGAUAGUCUCUUUUUGUAAGUUCACCAAAAAAUUUUCCUAUGUUACCAUAUUGGAGGGGACGCGUCGGAAAUCUUUGUAAUUGUACUCACUGCCUAAGAAUAAGUUUUAAUCGAACUUAGAUUAUGGAUUGUAAUCAUAAUUGUCUGUAAUAUUCAUACUUCCAUUGCUUACAAUUGUACAUUGCAAAUACGACUUAAAUGUUAAAAUAAUAAAACAUUUUAAAAAUA